AUGGCGACUCCAAUCCUCAGUAUCAUCCAAGUGACGGCUCCUCCCUGGUUCACAGAAAUUCCCGUCUUCUCCAUCGACGCCGUCAAGCCCGCUGUGCUGGCAACAUCAACUAUACAGCCUGACUUGUCUAGUCCUACAUCUCGUGCAGUCAAGCACGAUUAUGGCGACUGCGCAAUUCUGCCAGCAGGCCAUGGUCCCGUCCCUAAAUACGAUAACACAAGGGGCUUCUACCACUCGCGAGAGAUACACGAUGCAGCGAAGAAGGCACACACACCCCCGGGCUACAUCAAGAGCUUCAUCUCUGCAACUGGCUCGUACGUCGGCGCCAUCUACCUCGGACACUACGAACUCGAGUCGUUUGACACGCACGAGUGUGCCAGAAGGUGCACUGAACACGGGCAGUUGGUGAAUGCUACUCAACCCAGCGUUCCAACCGGCACAUCAGCAGCAGCAGCCGCCAAAACCACAGAAACCGGAUACGCACAGCAGACGCCCGAAGAAACCUGCGAGGGCUUCAACGUCUACUUUGAGCGCUCCCCGACAAUCCAUCUCGGCCCACACUGCCCAGACGCCCCCAGCCGCACCCUCAUCAAGUGCGCCAUAUGGGGCGAGCCGCUGCACGAGGAAAAAGCUACAAACACGGGCUACCGCGAGUGGGAUUUCGACGUUGCUAUUGCGGGCUCGAAUGGUUAUUCUCUGGCCAAACACGGCAAGGGAGGAAAGAGUAUGGCGGCGUGUGGGAAGAGAGUGGCCAAGACGCUUCUUGCGGCGGUUUUUGUCGGACAUGUGCUUUGGGGGCUUGGGAUGUUUUGA